AUGUUCAGGGCGUUAUCAUGGACCUUCAGGGGUCUUCAUUGCUCCUCCAUCCCUCUAUCAACAAGAAUGUUCAGUGAAAGAGCAGAUAAGAGCCGCUCCCUGGCUGAUAAAGUGGCGGUGAUCACYGGAUCUACUAAAGGGAUUGGCUUUGCCAUUGCCAGGCAUCUGGCCCAGAAUGGGGCCCAUGUGGUCAUCUGUAGCCGGAAGCAGUGGAACGUGGACCAGGCAGUGACCACUCUUCAGAAGGAGGGACUGAGCGUGACAGGCACUGUGUGCCAUGUGGGGAAGGCUGAAGACCGAGAUAGACUGGUGGCUAAGGCCCUAGAGCACCAUAAGGGCAUUGACUUCCUGGUGUGCGUGGCGGGAGUCAAUCCCUUGGUGGGGAGCACUCUGGGAGCCAGUGAGCAAGUCUGGGACAAGAUCCUGGGCGUGAAUGUGAAGGCCCYGGCCCUGCUGCUGAGCCAGCUGCUGCCCCACAUGGAGAACAGGGGGGGAGGCUCUGUGGUUCUGGUCUCAUCGGUGGCAGCUUAUAUGCCAGUAUCAAAGCUGGGAGUCUAUAACACCAGCAAGACGGCCCUGUUGGGCCUCUGUAAGUCUCUGGCCAUGGAGCUGGCUCCAAAAGGCAUCCGAGUGAACAGCAUAGUACCAGGACUGAUCAAGACUGACUUUAUCCAAAUGGAGAAAACAUUGCCGUACACGCUAUCUGAUUUGAACAAAAUCUAUGGCUUGCAGCGKUAG